AUGGAAAAGUCAAGCAGCCUGGUGACGAGGAUUUCAGACAACUCCGAGGGUGCUGAAGACGAUGACCUAUGGGCCGAGGACUCAGACUACGGGAUUUCCGACCGCCAGCUGCAGGAAAUAACGCUCGGCUGGAGGAAGCACUCUCGAGACAAAUCUGAGUUCGAUGCCGGUGGUUCCGAAGGAGCUGGCACCUGGAGAACUCUACUUGCGAGGUUGGUGCAAAUACCGAUGUGUUCAUCGAUGUGUUCGGCUCUGCCUUGCACGGGCCCAGGUGCCAAGACCGCACCAAGAAGCUCGUCCAGGCACAAAGAGACGGUUGAAUCCAUCUCCGGCUCCGGCAACAUGUCGAAGCAAAGCGUCGACGAGUACUUGGAGCUAGUGACGAAGGAGGAAGAGGUACGUUUCCAGCAGAUCCCGCGGUUGCCACCAUUGCAAGUGGAACAUCACCGACUGGAUAAGGACAACGGUGAAGCUGUAGCCGAACUGCCCAUUUCCAGUCCGUGUGUCUAA